UUCCUCCCUUCCUUCCCUCCCGCCGCCGCCGCCGGGCCCGGGCCGCCGCCCCGCCCUCCGCCUCGCUCCCUCCCCGUCCGCCGGCGCGGCCCCUUUAAUUCCCCCGCUCCCCUCCCCCGCCGCCCGCUCCAGCCUCCAUUUUCCAGCGGAUCCGGCACCUGGAGGCGGCGGCGGCGGGAGCGGCCCGCGCCCCGCACCCGGCCCGCUCGCGGGCAUGGCCGCCAACAUGUACCGGGUCGGAGAUUAUGUCUACUUCGAAAAUUCUUCAAGUAACCCCUAUUUGAUACGAAGAAUAGAAGAGCUCAAUAAGACUGCCAAUGGGAACGUGGAAGCCAAGGUGGUGUGUUUCUACAGGAGGAGAGACAUCUCCAGCACGCUCAUUGUCCUGGCAGACAAACAUGCAAGAGAAAUGGAAGAGGAGAUGGAAAAUCCAGAAAUGGUUGAUUUACCAGAGAAACAGAAGCAUCAGCUACGACACCGUGAGUUGUUUCUCUCACGACAGCUGGAAUCUCUGCCAGCCACACACAUUAGAGGCAAAUGCAGCGUUACUCUGUUAAAUGAGACAGAAUCCCUUAAGUCGUAUCUGGAACGGGAGGAUUUCUUCUUUUAUUCACUAGUGUAUGAUCCUCAACAAAAGACCCUGCUUGCUGAUAAAGGAGAGAUUCGAGUUGGAAACAGAUACCAGGCAGAUAUAACAGACUUACUAAAAGAGGGUGAGGAUGAUGGAAGAGAUCAGUCAAAACUUGAAACAAAAGUUUGGGAAGCCUUUAACCCACUAGUAGACAAGCAGAUAGACCAGUUCCUGGUGGUAGCACGGUCUGUUGGUACUUUUGCCCGAGCCCUGGAUUGCAGUAGUUCUGUCAGACAGCCAAGUUUGCACAUGAGUGCUGCAGCAGCCUCCAGGGACAUCACACUGUUCCAUGCUAUGGACACUUUGCACAAAAAUGUCUAUGACAUUUCCAAGGCAAUCUCUGCACUUGUGCCACAAGGUGGGCCAGUCCUGUGCAGAGAUGAGAUGGAGGAGUGGUCUGCUUCAGAGGCAAACCUCUUUGAGGAAGCACUAGAAAAAUAUGGAAAAGAUUUCACUGACAUUCAGCAAGAUUUUCUCCCAUGGAAGUCCUUAACAAGCAUUAUAGAAUAUUACUAUAUGUGGAAAACUACAGACAGAUAUGUUCAGCAGAAACGAUUGAAAGCAGCAGAAGCAGAAAGCAAGCUAAAACAAGUGUAUAUACCCAACUAUAACAAGCCAAACCCCAACCAGAUCAAUGUAAAUAAUGUCAAACCAGGAGUGGUAAAUGGUACUGGAGUCCAGGCACAGAACGCGGGAGCAGGACGGGCCUGUGAGAGCUGUUACACCACCCAGUCUUACCAGUGGUAUUCUUGGGGUCCCCCUAACAUGCAGUGUCGCCUCUGUGCAUCCUGUUGGACCUACUGGAAGAAAUACGGUGGCUUGAAAAUGCCAACACGCUUAGAUGGGGAGAGGCCCGGACCAAACCGCAAUAAUUUGAGUCCUCAUGGUGUGCCAGUACGGAACAGUGGCAGUCCCAAGUUUGCCAUGAAGACACGACAAGCUUUCUAUCUGCACACAACAAAACUGACCAGAAUUGCCAGGCGUUUGUGUCGAGAUAUCUUGCGCCCUUGGCACGCUGCAAGACACCCCUAUCUGCCUAUCAACAGUGCAGCCAUCAAAGCAGAAUGCACAGCACGUUUACCUGAGGCAUCAGAAAACCCAUUGCUAUUAAAGCAAGUGGUUCGAAAGCCUUUAGAAGCAGUACUCCGGUAUUUAGAGUCUCAUCCAUGUCCUCCAAAACCAGAUCCUGCAAAGAGCUUGUCCAGUUCUCUCAACAAUCUGACUCCUGCUAAGUUUACACCUGUCAUUAAUAAUGGGUCCCCAACUAUCCUGGGAAAAAGAAGCUAUGAACAGCACAAUGGAAUGGAUGGCAACAUGAAGAAGCGCCUGUUGAUGCCUAGCAGGGGGACCAAGCCGAAACUUGCUGCUCAAUGGGAAAUCAUACCCAACAAAAGUCCGAUUAAUUCGUGGUGGAUCCAUGCCUCCGGUGAAAAGGAGGAGGAUGAACUGGAUUGAUGCACCAGAUGAUGUUUUUUACAUGGCCACUGAAGAAACCAGAGCAGUUGCUGUAGGAGAUGGAUGCCAAGGGGAGGAAGGCUGAGGUGGGAAUUCACCUGGUUCAGACCCAUCAGUGCCCUCACAGGUCCCAUCUCAGUGGGACAGGAUAGGGCUCUCCUGGCUCAUGGGUGACACUGAGCAGCAGAGCCUCCUACACACACGUCCUCCUGCAUGCUGAACUCUGGCAUUGCUCCCCAAGACAUCUCCACGUGUCUGGGGGUCCUGGAACCUGCCAGUGACAAAGGGUUUCUACAGGCUGAGCUGACUCAUUUCUCAGUGAUUUGCAUUUGCCACCAGUAGCAGUGAGAUUGAGUCCCACAGUGUCAAUCUUCCUCCUUUGGUGGUACAGCUUCUGCUAGUCCUAAUUCUUCUUGUUGGUCUGCCCACAGGAUAAAAAUAGUAGAAGAAAGUUUCCUUGUGUGAGUUUCACUUCAAACUGUUUACAAACUGCUGACAGAGUGGUAGAAGCUAUGUGACCCAAUCCCUCAGGCAAAGUUCCCAGUACUGGUAUUCCUAGGAUGGGAGUGUUGCUCCUGGGUGUGAUGAGAAGCUAGAGAAAAAUUGGCUUGUGUGGUUUCCUCCCAAGAACUUGAUGCCUCCCUUCUGGGUAACCUUGAGGAAGGUCAGAGCAAAGCUGCAGCCCUGCUUUCCAGCCCUCCCUGACAGCAGACGUGGUGUCUGGCUUCUGUCUUGGUCUGAAGCCUGGAGUUAUCAACACUUGCACUCUCAGUGAGUGCCCCAGGAGCAGAGCAGCAUUUACCUUCCCCUCCACUUGCAGAGAUGGACCUGGCAAUUACUGCAUGUCUGAGCCCCUCAAGUGACUGAGGAGGUUGGGAGUUUUAGUGCUUUGUCUCUUCUGGUACUGCUAAAUUUGGCACUGCUCUUGAGUCUUCAUUUGUUCAGCACAAAGGUCACAGUUGAGAGUCCUGGUAUCUCCAAACUUCUCCUUAACCUGCAAAGCAUUUCAAGUGUCAAGGAACUAUUUUGUGAGCUUAGUAUCAAAGAUGGGCUUUGUAGAAUAGGUAGUACCAGUAACAUUCAAAUUACUAACCAUUGAUCUAUGGGGUGAUCAGUUUUCAGUGCAGGAAACACCUUGUUGGAACUCGGAAGACACAUGAAAUGAAUUUCCUGGUCAGACUUGUUCCUAUGGACACCUUUAAUGCAACUGUGCAUUUCACACCAGCUCCUGUCUUUGCCAUGUCUUUCCCUUUUCCUUUCUGUGCCUGCAAGAUGCUGUGAAAGAAAGAAGUUAUAUAUGGAAUUCCAUAUAGAAUUGAAAAUAAAGUGAGAGAAGGAUUUCAUUUUCAGGGGGAGCAGUUUUCUGAUUACUGCUGUUGCUGUGAUACAGAGGUACUGGGAUCCUGGUGCAGCUCUCAGAUUCAUGUGCCAUUGGGGACACAGGGUGAGCACUCCUUAGAUGCUCAAGGCUUGUUUCAUAAUCCUGCAUCUAGGGAGCUCUUUUUGACAUCUGCACCAUCCAAGGCACAUGAAACACUCCAGGUGCAUGGUGGCAGCCUGUCAGUACAAGGUCCUGCCCUUUGACCUGGACAGACCUGUGACAAUAGUCAUCCAGUGUGGUGUUGGUUGUGACAAUAAUUUACUGUAGACACAGAAUCCUCUGCUCAAACAGAACCACUGACAGAGGCAGGAAGGAUCAGUCCCGCAGCAACCAGCACAACUCUAAUGAAAAUCGUGGUGAUAGACAUCAGCUCAGUAAGAUCCUAUCACUUCCAUUUAAAAAUAGAGAGAGAGAGAGAGAGAGAAAAGGAAAAAAAACCACCCAGGCUUCUUUGUCUGACAGCCAUGCUGCUUAGCUGAGUGAUGAGUGGUGAAAGGAGAUUUUUGGCAGGCUGUGAAGAGCAGGGAAGCCUGAGCGAUGGAGCAUUGUCAGUGGCACGGGUUUUCUGUCGGGCAUUUCACCUCUAACUUUUCCCUGAACCAUCUGCUGCAUUCCAGUGUCAGGAAUGUAAGCCUUGUUUGUGAGCUCUGAAACAAUUUGAGCUUUGUGUUGGCUCCCUAGCAAUCAAUCUAGCUGCAAUAUCUGCAUCUUGUCCUCCAGCUGAGGGUCAGGCUGUGUUUUCAGUCACAGCAAGUAGGUUUCCCUGAAGGUUUACACGCUCCCCCUCUCCCCUUUUUGUGUAGCUGUGUUGAGAACACAACAGAGGCGCUGGAAAACUCUGUGGCUCUGAAGGAGCAGCUUGAAAAGUUGGUGGAAUGAAAGGAGUAAGUUUUGAAUUGAAGGCUCCCAGUGAGGAGCUGGCAUUUCUAACUCAGGCAAGCGCAGGCAGCGCUGACCUGAUCAGAAUCCAGAGUGCUGCAGGACGUGUUUCUGAUGGCAGCCUGGCUGAUGGAGCACACACGGGUGCUGCAAGGAGCUCUUCUGGCUCAAAGUGGAUCAACUGCAGUCAAACAUCUUGGAAAAGUCAUUAUAUCAAGAUUUUAUUUUCUCUCUCCCCCACCACCACUUUGCCAGCUUGUUUUCACCUCUCCUCACCCUGUCGCCUUUUAGUUUGAGAGGGUGCUGGGGAAAUGGGGACACUGGGCAAACAAAAAAUGUGUCUGUGUAAGUGCAGCAACUUGUCCUGCUCAGUGGGCAAAAAAAACAAGUGAAAACAUGACCAAAUCUGAUAAGAAGUGAUUCAAAAUCUUCAGCUGAAGUUGAUGGUUUGUCAGUUCUGGUGGUGCCAAGGGUAAGUUUUUGAGGAUAAGGGAGGUAUUUUGACCACUUUCUUCAGCAGCCAUCACAUCUUAAAGGCAGAAAUCAUAGCACAGUGAUAGGCAUCAGCUCAGUGAGAAGCUCUCUCUUCCAAAUAAAUAAACCAAACCAACCAGCCAAAACCACAACCAACAAAAGGGGGUUUUGGCCUCAAUAGUGUUCCCUAAAUAAAGCUGGGGGAUAGGUGGCUGAAAUGUGGGCUGCAGAGCCCUUCCUCUCUUGUCUCUCGUGGUCAGGCAAAACCUUGUUCUGUCAGGAGCCUGUGAGGGAAGGCAGUGCUGCCUUAUCAGACCCUUCUUGUUGCCCCAGUUCCUGAGCUGAAGACUCAUGGUGGGUACUGGUGGGUAUACAUAGUCUGUACAUAGUGGGUACUCUUGUGACUAUUUAUUAUUUUCCUUUCUAAUCUCUGUGUGCCUUUGACCACCACAGCAUCCUCUGUAUAGAAGAAUGCCUCAUUUUAAUGACACAGUACAUUUUUCAUUGUUGCUGCAUUUUGGGUUUGGAUGGGGUUUUUUAAUGAUACCAGGCUCAGAGAUAAAGGAAGUAUUAAGAAAACAAGCAAUCAUUCAGUAUUUGUCUCUGUCUAAUUUACUUUGGUAAUUUUAAAGCUUUGGUGUGUCUUUCUGUCCAUAUGGAAAACAGCUUCCUGCAUCUGAUAGGACUUGUUGCCAGUGUUGUACAUAUAGGGAAAUCCUUAACCAAAUACAAGGUGUGAAUAUUGCCCAUCUCUGGGUUGGGCACACACAGUGUGGGAGAAGGGGAAACAAAACACCCUGUUGGUGUUGCCUUGGCUUUGUCAACUUCCCCGGAGCUACCUGCAGCACAUCAAAAUAAAUUCAGAAUAAAUCAAUGGUGUGGAAACUGGCUGUCGUGACUAUUUCAGUGCUUUGUUCCCAGCAAGGCACCCUAGUCCUACCAGGCUGGACCAGAAUGCCUUUUACAGAGGAUGCAGUUUGCUGUUCACUGGGGGGUUUGUAAAUCAGAGAAUGUGAGUUUGCCAGGGCAGCCAUUGCAGCAGGAGCCGUUGUCAGCCAGCCCAGCAGGCGUGUGCGGGCCCCUGGAGGAGCGGAGCCUGUGUAAUCCGUGC